CGCCACCUAACCCCCUCCCACGCACAUCCCUAGCUACCACCACCACAUCUACUUUUUCUUUCUUUCUUCUCCCUGUUGAACGUUAGCACAGGGAGCUGGAGUCAGUGAGGUACGGACGGUCCUUCGGAUGCUCGGCUGCCGGGGGGGGGGAGAGAAGAAGCUGCUGCGGAUAUCCGUCUCAUACCUGCCUCAAAACGGGGUCCUCUCAGCCUGUAUAUGUUUUUCCCCCCCAGCAGACCGUUUUGCUGUGUGAAAGCUAAAUAAAGAGAGAACCUGGCUUGGUUUCGUAACGCGCUGCACCGCUAGCAGCGCGGAGGGAAAGAGGUUUUUCGAGGAUGCGGAUUUAAAGGGAAGACGUUACCAGUGUCACCUGGGAUUUUUGUUAAACCGUUAAUAUUCUAAUUUAGCGUAGCCGGACGCGUCCGAGAGCAAAGGAAGAUUUUUCACAUGUUUGGUUAAAUUUCGCAUAUAACGACGCGAUAGGACAAAAAAGAAAACAUCGAGGGCCUCUUAAACAGAAGAGAAAAUAAGGGGUUGAAUGCGUUUUUCGCCAGCCUGGACAACAUGAGCACAAUCUCACCAACAGACUUCGACAGCUUGGAGAUCCAGCAGCAGUACAAUGACAUCAACAAUCGCUGGGACCUGGCAGCAGAGACUGACUGGGACAAUGAGAACAGUUCGGCACGUCUCUUUGAACGGUCUCGUAUUAAGGCCCUCGCAGAUGAACGUGAAGCAGUACAGAAGAAAACCUUUACCAAAUGGGUAAAUUCUCACUUAGGCCGAGUGACCUGUCGCAUUGGUGACUUGUACACCGACCUACGGGAUGGGCGCAUGCUAAUCCGCCUUCUGGAAGUGCUCUCAGGAGAACAGCUGCCAAAACCUACUAAGGGCCGCAUGCGUAUCCACUGCCUUGAAAAUGUUGACAAAGCCCUACAGUUUCUUAAGGAGCAAAAAGUUCAUCUGGAAAAUAUGGGCUCACAUGACAUUGUGGAUGGGAAUCACCGUCUCACCCUGGGUCUCAUCUGGACCAUCAUCCUUCGCUUCCAGAUUCAAGACAUCAGUGUGGAAACUGAGGACAAUAAGGAGAAGAAAUCAGCUAAAGAUGCGCUGCUGCUUUGGUGCCAAAUGAAAACUGCUGGAUACCCAAAUGUGAAUAUACACAACUUCACUACCAGUUGGAGAGAUGGUCUAGCGUUCAAUGCCAUCGUGCACAAACACAGACCCGACCUGAUUGAGUUUGACAACCUGAAGAGGUCCAACGCUCACUACAAUCUCCAAAAUGCUUUCAAUGUGGCUGAGAAGGAACUGGGGCUUACCAAGCUGCUGGACCCAGAAGAUGUCAAUGUGGAUCAGCCUGAUGAAAAGUCUAUAAUUACCUAUGUGGCAACUUACUAUCAUUACUUCUCCAAGAUGAAAGCCCUGGCAGUGGAGGGCAAACGAAUUGGCAAGGUGCUCGACUAUGCUAUUGAGGCCGACCAGCUGAUAGAGAAGUAUGAGACCCUGGCCUCUGAGCUGCUGCAGUGGAUUGAGCAGACCAUAGUGACACUCAAUGAUCGGCAGCUAGCUAACUCUCUGAGUGCUGUACAGAACCAGCUCCAAGCUUUUAACUCCUACAGGACUGUGGAGAAACCUCCCAAAUUUACAGAGAAAGGAAACUUGGAGGUUCUUCUUUUUACUAUCCAAAGCAAGAUGAGAGCAAACAAUCAGAAGGUUUACAUGCCAAGAGAGGGAAAACUCAUUUCUGACAUAAAUAAGGCAUGGGAACGACUGGAAAAGGCAGAACAUGAACGUGAGCUGGCACUGAGAAAUGAGUUGAUUCGCCAGGAGAAACUGGAGAUGCUCGCUGCUCGCUUUGACCGGAAAGCUGCUAUGCGGGAGACAUGGCUGAGCGAGAACCAGAGACUGGUGUCUCAGGAUAAUUUUGGAACCGACCUGGGAGCAGUGGAAGCUGCCACUCGUAAACACGAGGCAAUUGAGACAGACAUUGGAGCAUACUGGGAGCGUGUGGCCGCAGUGGAGGCUGUCGCCAAAGAGCUGGAGGCAGAGGGAUAUCAUGAUGUGCGGCGCAUACUCGCACGAAGGGAUAAUGUGCUUCGACUCUGGGAAUACUUGAAAGAGCUUCUGGCUGCACGCAGAGAGCGUCUGAAUGCCCACCGUGACCUACAGAGGCUGUUUCAGGAGAUGCGUUACAUCAUGGACUGGAUGGCAGAUGAGAAGGGUCGUCUGCAGUCUCAGGACAGCGGAAAACAUUUGCAUGAUGUGUUAGACCUACUGCAAAAGCACAAUCUGGUAGAGGCUGAUAUUUCUGCUCAGGCAGAGAGGAUCAAGGCAGUGCAAGGAGCUGCAAACCGCUUCACUUCCCAUGAGCAGGCCUAUAAACCUUGUGAGCCUGGACUAGUUAGUGAGAAGGUUGAGCUGCUGGGUCAAGCCUAUGAAGAACUUGGUCAGCUUGCUGUGAAUCGCAGAGAGCGCCUAGAGGACUCACGGCGUCUGUGGCAGUUCCUGUGGGAUCUCGGAGAGGAGGCAGCCUGGAUCCGAGAGCAGGAACAGAUCCUGGCUAGUGGAGACUGUGGCCGUGACCUUACUUCUGCCCUUCACCUACUCAGUAAACAUGAGGCUUUCAGGGAUGAGAUGGCAGCCCGCUAUGGCCCCCUGAGUAACAGUAUUGCUGCUGGAGAAGAUCUGGUUAAAGAAGGGCACUUUGGAGCUUCGGAAGUAACUGAGAGGAUUCAAGACAUCCGUGCACAGUGGGCCCAUCUGGAGGAGACAACUAAGCAAAGAGAGCAGAGCCUUAAGGAAGCCGUGGCCCUGCAUCAGUUUCAGACGGAUGCCAAUGACAUGGAAGCAUGGAUCAUGGAGACACUUAGACAGGUAUCCAGUCAGGAGGUGGGCCACGAUGAGUUCUCUACCCAAACUCUAGCUCGCAAGCAGAGGGAGAUAGAAGAGGAGAUCCAGAGUCACCACCCCCUAAUUGACUCUCUGCACGAGCAGGUCCAAGCACUGCCACAGGCCUAUGUACAUUACCCUGAAGUGGAUGGUCGUCUGCCUGCUAUUGAACAACGUUAUGAAGAACUGGAGACCCUGUCAGCAGCUCGACGCCAGGCUCUGGAAGGUGCCCUGGCCCUCUACCGCAUGUUCAGUGAAGCUGGUGCCUGUCAGCUCUGGGUGGAGGAAAAGGAACAGUGGUUACAUGGCAUGGAGAUCCCUACAAAGCUGGAGGACUUGGAGGUCGUACAGCAAAGAUUUGAGACACUGGAACCUGAGAUGAACAACCUAGGAACCCGUGUCACUGAUGUGAACCAGGUGGCAGAGCAGCUGCUGAGCUCAGACAACUGUAACAAAGACCAAAUCCACCAGACAACAGACCAACUAAACAACAGAUGGAAGGAGUUUCAGCAACUGGCUGGACAAAAGAAACAAGAUCUUGAGUCGGCUCUCAACAUCCAGAACUACCAACUCGAGUGUAAUGAGAUCCAGACUUGGAUGAAGGAAAAGACCAAAGUUAUUGAAUCUACUCAGGGUCUUGGCAAUGACUUGGCGGGAGUGAUGGCACUACAACGCAAACUCACUGGCAUGGAGAGGGACCUUGAGGCUAUCCAGGGAAAAUUAGAUGACUUGAGAAAUGAGGCAGAAAAGUUGGCCAAGGAACAUCCAGAUCAAGCAGGAGAGAUCCAAGGACGCUUGGCAGAGAUUCAAGAGGUGUGGGAGGAACUGAACGCCACCAUGAAGCGACGGGAAGAGUCACUGGGGGAAGCUAGCAAGCUACAGGGUUUCCUUAGGGAUUUGGAUGACUUCCAGUCCUGGCUGUCCCGCACCCAGACAGCCGUGGCUUCAGAGGAUAUUCCCACUUCUCUGCCUGAGGCUGAGAGUUUGCUAGCCCAGCAUGAGAGCAUCAAGAACGAGGUGGAUAACUAUAAGGAGGACUAUGAAAAGAUGCGUGCGGUUGGUGAGGAGGUCACCCAAGGUCAGACAGAUGCCCAGCACAUGUUUUUGGCCCAGAGGCUCCAGGCAUUGGACACUGGCUGGCAUGAGUUGCGGCGCAUGUGGGAGAAUCGGCACAGCCUGUUGGCCCAAGCCUUUGACUUCCAGACUUUCCUGAGAGAUGCAAAGCAGGCAGAGGCAUUCCUUAACAGCCAGGAGUACGUGCUGUCCCACACAGAGAUGCCCACCAGUCUUCAGGCAGCAGAGGAGGCCAUUAAGAAGCAUGAGGAUUUCCUCACCACCACAGAGGCCAGUGAAGAGAAAAUAACUGGUGUGGUGGAAGCUGGAAGACGCCUCAUUAAUGACUCUAAUGCAAACUCGGAUAAGAUCCAGGAAAAGGUUGAUUCAAUCCAGGAAAGACAUCUUAAGAAUAAAGAGGCUGCAAAUGAACUGCUGACCAAGCUUAAGGAUAACCGGGAACUUCAGCACUUCCUCCAAGAUGGACAAGAGCUCACCUUGUGGAUAAAUGAGAAGAUGCUGACGGCUCAGGACAUGUCUUAUGAUGAGGCCAGAAAUCUUCACAGCAAGUGGCAGAAACACCAGGCAUUCAUGGCAGAGCUGGCCUCCAACAAAGACUGGCUCGACAAAAUUGAUAAGGAGGGUCAAGCACUGGUUGCUGAGAAGCCUGAGCUGAAACCUGUUGUCCAGCAGACCCUGGAGGACCUGCAGCGUCAGUGGGAGGAGCUGGAGAGCACAACUCGCACGAAGGCUCAGUGCUUAUUUGAUGCUAACAGAGCAGAGCUCUUCACACAGAGCUGCUCCGCUCUAGAUGUUUGGCUGAAAAACCUUGAAGGUCAGCUGCAAAGUGAUGACUAUGGAAAAGAUCUGACCAGUGUGAACAUCCUCCUCAAGAAGCACCAGAUGCUGGAGCAUCAAAUGGAGGUCAGAGAGAAGGAGGUGCAGGCCCUGAAGUCUCAGGCUCUGGCUCUGUCCCAGGAAGAUGCCGGACUGGCUGAGAUAGAUGGUCAGCAACGGCAUGUCACCGACAGCUUCGCCAACCUCCAAGACCCACUCAACCUCAGGAGACAGCAGCUGCUCGCCUCCAAAGAAGCACAUCAAUUCAACAGAGACCUGGAGGAUGAAAUUCUGUGGGUGACAGAAAGGAUGCCCCUAGCAACCUCCACAGACCAUGGAAAAGACCUGCCCACUGUACAGCUGCUAAUCAAGAAGAACCAGACUUUGCAGAAGGAGAUUCAAGGCCAUCAGCCUCGCAUUGAUGACAUCCACAGACGAGGCAAGACUCAGACCCAGGUAGAUGGUGAACGCCAGUCUGUUCUGGAGGAUCGCCUAGUUGAACUGCAGAGCCUUUGGGACCAGUUGAUCGCCGAGACAGACAAGCGUCAUGCCCGUCUAAUAGAGGCUAAUCGUGCCCAGCAGUUCUAUGCUGAUGCUGCGGAGGCAGAGGCCUGGAUGGGAGAGCAAGAGUUGCACAUGAUGUCAGAAGAAAAAGCCAAGGAUGAGCAAAAUGCUCUAGUGAUGGUCAAGAAGCACCAGAUCCUUGAGCAGGCACUUGAAGACUACGCCCAAACUAUCCACCAACUGGCCAACAGCAGUCGUCUCAUGGUCAACAAUGAACACCCAGAGAGCGAAAGAAUCACCUUACGACAAGCCCAAGUUGACAAGCUGUACGCAGGUCUGAAGGACCUUGCUGAGGAGCGUCGGGGACGGCUUCAGGAGAGGCUGAGGCUGACCCAGCUGAAGCGGGAGGUGGAUGACCUGGAACAGUGGAUUGCAGAGAGAGAGGUGGUUGCUGGCUCCCAUGAACUAGGACAGGACUAUGAACAUGUCACAAUGCUGAGGGACAAGUUCCGGGAGUUUGCUCGUGACACCAGCACUAUCGGCCAAGAGCGUGUGGAUGGUGUAAAUGCACUGGCAGAUGAUCUGAUUGAGUCGGGUCAUCCUGAGAACGCCAGUGUUGCUGAAUGGAAAGACGGUUUAAACGAGGCCUGGGCUGACCUGCUGGAACUGAUUGACACACGCACGCAAAUGUUGGCAGCCUCUUAUGAGCUGCACCGCUUCCAUCAAGAUGCCAUGGAGGUGCUUGGACGUGUUAAGGAGAAGAGGGAAGCACUGCCUUCUGAACUUGGCCGUGACCUCAACACUGUCCAGCAUCUGCACAGACAGCACACCGCUUUUGAACAUGACAUCCAGGCCCUCAGCGGACAGGUGAAUCAAGUGCAGGAUGAUGCUGCACGCCUGCAGAAGGCCUACGCUGGUGAGAAAGCGGAUGACAUUCACAGAAGCGAACAUGCUGUGACUUCUGCCUGGGAGGGCCUGCUCGAGGCUGGCGAGGCUCGCAGGCUCCUCCUGCUGGACACCGUGGAGAAAUUCCGCUUCUUCAACAUGGUGCGAGACCUCAUGCUCUGGAUGGAUGGUGUGAACCUGCAGAUUGACGCACAUGACAGCCCAAGGGAUGUAUCUUCUGCAGGGUUAGUAAUUGCCAAUCAUCAAGACAUCAGAUCAGAGAUUGACGCUAGGACAGACAGCUUCACUGCUUGUGUUGAGAUGGGAAAUACUUUGAUCAACAAAAACCACUAUGCAUCUGAUGAGAUCCGAGAAAAACUGACUCAACUCCAGGAAAAAAGAGAUAAGAUCAACAAAAAAUGGCAAGACAAGAUGGACCACUUACAAAUUGUGCUGGAGGUGUUGCAGUUCGGACGUGAUGCUUAUGUGGCAGAGUCGUGGUUGGCUGGGCAAGAACCUCUGGUGCGCGCAGCAGAGUUGGGCUCAAAUGUGGAUGAAGUAGAGAGCCUAAUUAAGCGCCAUGAAGCCUUUGAGAAACUCGCCACGGCUUGGGAAGAGCGCUUCGUGCAGCUGGAGAAGCUCACUACACUUGAAGAGCAAGAAAAUCAGAGGAGGCGGGAGGAAGAGGAGAGAGCGAGGCGACCUCCUACUCCUCCAACAGUAGAAGAAGUGCCACAGUCUGAGACAGAAACUCAACCACAUGAUUCUGCAGCCAGAACCAGUCUGGACCAGACCACUCUCAAUCAGUCCGUGUCAGUGAACGGAGUACACAGCGACAAUGACACAUCACAACAGUCAUUAUCGCUAUCGUUGUCAGUGGGAAAGAAAUCAGAGCCUAAACGUGUGUGUAAGCCAAAGCAGCAGGAGCGUGGCUCAGAGUCUGAGUCAGUGAACGGACCGGGCAGAGACAGCGGACUGGCAUCGUCUCGCGUCGAUCCGUCUGCCACUUUACCGAGCAGAGGCGCGGCAGACUCGGAGCCAGAGACCAUGGAGGGGAUGCUCUGUCGAAAACAGGAGAUGGAGUCUCACAUCAAAAAGGCAGCUACCAGGUCCUGGCAGAAUGUGUAUUGUGUCCUACGAAAAGGAAGUCUUGGUUUCUAUAAAGACGGCAAGAGUGCUAGCAACGGCAUUCCAUACCACGGAGAAGUUCCCAUCAGCUUGGGAGAGGCUGUGUGUGAAAUAGCCCAUGACUAUAAGAAAAGGAAACACGUAUUCAAGCUCAGGUUAGGGGAUGGGAAAGAGUACCUGUUCCAAGCAAAGGAUGAGGCGGAGAUGAGCUCCUGGAUCCAGUCCAUCCUUAGCUCCAUUCCAAAAGGAUCAGGAGACUCGCCUGGAGCUCCACGGCCCCUCAGCCGUGCCAUGACGAUGCCGCCCAUCUCGCCCAGCUCGGGUGAAGCUGGAGGCGUUACCAUGCGCAACAAGGAUGGGAAAGAGAAGGAUCGCGAGAAGAGGUUCAGCUUCUUCGGCAAGAAGAAAUAAAACAUUUGUAAAAUCA